UAUAUACUACUAUAUAGGCCAGAAAUUAACUUAAAAAUACAGUGUUUGCUUGCAAGAUUUGCUGUUAUAAACAUCGUCCAUCUGUAAGUAAGUGUGGUUUCCCCUGAAUCUCGAACUAUAAUUUUACCAAAAAAAAAAAACUUAAACAAGAUGGCUGCUAAAAGUAAAUGAGCUUGGCUGCAUCUGAUAAAAACAUCGCUAGUCAUUAUUUUUACUGACACGUUUUAAUACAAUUGGUACAUUAAUCAUUUGUUAAUGAAACUUUGAAACAUUUUUGUAACUUUCAAAACAAAUCCUCUUAAAAAUGUGAAAUAAUUACUAAAAUUUAAUGAGUCACCUUUUUUUCACAUUACUAGUCUCGGCCAAUUUUACAUACUUAAAACAAUAGAUUACCUUAAUUUCAUAUUAUUAAUGUUAGCCAUUAUGGCCCAUAAAGCCUAAUAAAUUUAAUAAUCUUAAGUAGUAAUAGUGUAGUUAAGUGUAGACCUAUACUUACUAUACUAGAUCCAUCUAUAUAUUCUAUAAACUAUAAAUAUAUAUUAACUAAUUUAACUUAGGCCUAUGGCUAUUGCCUAUAAUUUUUUUAACUAUAGUGGAUAGACUGUAGAAAUAUACUUUUCCUUCACAGGUUAAUGUGUUAAAAACAGUAACCAAAACAUGAAUCGCAUCAGAGAAUCCCCUCUGGCAUAUCUAGCUGCUGCUGCUGCUACCUGGUACAUCUACAAAAUAUUCAUCAAACCAUUUCUCUCCCCCAUCAGAAAGAUUCCCGGAAGACCAUAUAAACCGUUUAUUGGCAACAUGCUAGAAGCCUUACACGAAGAGGCCAUGAACAACACGAUUAAUUGGAUGGUAGAGUACAAAUCCAGAAUUAUCCGGUUCUACUUUUUAGGUGGAGAAGGAAGGGUACUAGUAGGUGACCCGGAGAUGGCGAGAUAUAUCAUGGUUACAAACAGCAAAAAUUACAUCCAUGCUUCCUCCAGUCUGCUGGCAAAUAUUGUUCCCGGGUUUUUACUUCUUCUAAAUGGAGAGGAGCACCAUGUAUUGAGAAAACAUUUAAAUCCUGCCUUUAAUAGCCAUACUGUCAAUGAUUUCAUCCCUGUGUUUGAAAAAACAACAAGGAAAGUUGUUGCCCUUUGGGAAACUGCCAUGAGAAACAAGGGAGACAACUCGGUUAUUGUUGCAGCACAGACUUACAUGAGCAGACUUACUCUAGAGGCGAUGUGCCUGUGUGGAUUUGAUUAUGAGAUCAACUCAGUGGAUGAACCUGAUCAUUGUGGGGCCCAGAGCUUUCAGCGCUUGUUGCAAGGUUUUGAGAUCAGAUUGUCACGUUUAUUGCCCUUACAAUGGCUGCCAACCAAAGCAAACAGACAAGCCUGGGCGGACGUGAAGUUUUUUUACUCCACAAUAAAAGAUGUCAUAGCCCAGAAGAGAGAGAAGAUUGAAAAUGGUGAUACCUCAAGAGACUUGCUCUCUCGGCUAAUCCAGAUCAGGGAUGAUAAGGGAAGUGGCUUGAGUGACCGGAGUUUGUUCUCUCAAGUUGGUGGCUUUUUGUUUGCAGGGUUUGAGACCACAAGCAUGAACCUGACAUGGACACUUCUUAUGCUGGCUGAGCACCCAGAAGUCCAAGAGAAAGCCAGACAGGAAGUCAUGUCACUUCUGCCUGACCAGUCCACACCACUGACCACUAAGAUUGUUGAUAAUUUAAUCUACUUAACCUGUGUUAUUAAAGAAUCCUUAAGAUUAUUUCCACCAGUUUCUGUGGUUUUUCGACAAGCACUCCAAGACGAUUAUCUUGGUGGCUAUUUAAUACCCGCUGGUACAAAAGUUGGCGUCAGCAUAGGUGCACUACACAGGUUGCCAGAAAACUGGUCCAACCCAACAGCCUUUAUCCCAGAAAGGUUUCUGGAACCCUACGACCCCUACAAGUUCCUGCCAUUCAACGCGGGGCCCUACAUGUGCAUCGGCCACAUUUUCUCCCUGACUGAGAGCAAGGCGGUGUUGGCGCUGCUACUGCGCCACUUUGUGCUGGAGCUUCCCGCAGGGUACAAGUACCGCAGGAUUCGUCGUCUGACCAUCCAGCCUCACCCACCCCUUCAGCUGACCCUUAGGCCUGUUCAGUGCUCAUAACUUUUUCAGUUUUAU